AGGUCAUACUGUGGUACUGAGAUAUAUAUAUACCGUGGUACUGAACGAUUAAACGUGAAACUAGAUUUACACGGUACUCAAUAUCGCUUUUUUUGUUUAGCAUCAUGUUACUGAUAUUUGUGGGUGUGUGUGUUCGUCCCCCGUUGCCAAUCACGGAGCUCGAGCUCGCAGCAUCCGCAUCAGUCAUGGCGGCAGAUCCGGUUACCGCUCCGAUCAGCUGCUUGACUCAGCGGCUCCUCCAGCAGCACAUCAUCUGAAGCAGGUCCACUGACACGGGUCUGUAGGCGCGUUCACUGAUCGGGAGGCGGAAGCGUUAAAUGAUGGAUCUGUUCGGGUUUCUGAAUCUAAACGAGCUCGCUCUCGGGCUUUCACAGAUAUCCUUGUUCCCGUUCUUUGACAUGGCGCAUUAUAUCGUGUCAGUGAUGAGUCUCAGAGAACAGCCAGGAGCUCUGGAGGUGUCUCAGAGGAGUCCGUUGGCCUGCUGGUUCAGUUCAAUGCUGUAUUGUUUUGCUGGAGCGAUUCUCUCUGCUCUCAUGAUGGCAGACGCACCCAUCGCACCUCUGUCCAACACCACCAACCUGCUGCUCGCAACUCUCAUGUGGUAUGUGGUGUUUUAUUGUCCUCUGGACGUGGUGUACUCGCUGGCCUCCAUCUUUCCUUUGCGUCUGGUGUUGACCGGGAUGAAGGAAGUGACACGUACAUGGAAGGUUCUGGGAGGAGUCACUCAAGCGGGGAAGAAAUAUAAAGAUGGUCUGUUUGUGAUGAUCGCAGUGGGUUGGGCCAAAGGGGCCGGCGGGGGUCUCAUCAGUAACUUUGAGCAGUUGGUUCGUGGUGUCUGGAAGCCCGAGACCAAUGAACUGCUGAAGAUGUCCUACCCGACCAAGGUCACCCUGCUGGGAGCGGUUGUGUUUUCUCUUCAGCAGUGUCGAUACCUCCCGAUUCAAACACAUCACCUCAUCUUCAUCUACACGCUCUUCACCGUCACUAACAAGACGCGGAUGAUGCUGUUGGGUUCCUCUUCUUAUGCGUUCUCUACAUUAGAGUCUGUCCUCUACAAGACUCUGUUUGUUCGACCUUUGAACUUUUCUGCCCUGAGUGACCUGACCCAAAGUUCAGAUAAAACCUGCUGUGCUUCCCAGAACGCUUCCGACGGCUCGACGUCCACCCGCCCGCCGCACGCCCAAAACACGGACCAAACUGAAUCGAACGGCAAAAAGACCAGCUGAGUGCCAGCCAAUAGAAAGACGCUUCUCCUGCACGAGGAAACUUUUCUAAACACUUCCUGCUGAUGAUGUUUUAAAAUGCACACAAUCUCUUUUUUAAUCUUUGUAUCUGGCUCUGAUCUGAUGUGUACAUGUUUCCUAUUCUGAGAUGAUUCUAUUCUUUUCUAUUCUGUAGCUGGGAUGAUAAUAUAUAUUUGUAUUAUUUAUAGUGCAUUUCUGAAUGCAAUCACUGAGAGUGGAAUGCUGAACACGUUUUACUGUGACAUUCUUGAAUAUAAUUCACCUGACAUCAGUCUGUCUCAGUGUCUUCUCUCAUAGUUUGAUGUCUGCACGUUAGAUGUAUAAACGUGCGGAGGAGACUUCAGCAGGCUGUGUGUGUGUGUGUGUGUGCGUGUGUCUGUCUGUCUGUGUCUGCGUGUAUGUAUGUGUGUGUCUGUCUGUGUGUAUGUGUGCAUCUGUGUGUGUAUUUGUGUGUAUGUGCGCAUCUGUGUCUGUGUGUGUGUUUGUGUGUGUGUGUGUGUUUGUGUGUAUGUGCGCAUCUGUGUCUGUGUGUGUGUUUGUGUGUGUGUGUGUAUUUGUGUGUAUGUGCGCAUCUGUGUGUGUGUUUGUGUGUAUGUGUGCAUCUGUGUGUGUGUGUGUUCUGGUGAUGGUGGUUAACAGGUUAAUGUUUAAAUCUUCUGUCACAUGAACACAAUAUAACACAGAAUGUUUAAGUUGUGUUGAGAUAAGAGGACUCAGAUGGUUUGUUUAUCUGUCAAAUAACAUGUCAGCUUUAUGGUAAAGCAGCUUUCAUAAUGGACCAAAACAAGCAAACAAAACUGUCUGCUUACACCGACGCACAACUUCUGGUUACACUUAGACAAGAAUCUACUGAAAUAAGGAUGAUUUAUCAGUUGAGCAGUCAGGUGUGAUUUCAUAGGAAAUGUUUGACAUUAUAUGUAACGUAACCAUGAAACAGAGAUGAUGGUGAUAGAACCCUGAGUUUAGACACUGUACUGUAGUAGAAGGCAUGAUGUGUUAUUUUAUAUACAAAUACAUUAGUUUCAAACAG